AUAAAUAUAUAUAUAUAUAUAUAGGCCCUAACGCAUGGUUUGUCACAUUUGCCCAGUUGUAGUUGAUAAUAGUGUAAGUCGAGCAUUAAAUUCAUAAAUUCCAACAACGAAACAAAAGUUUUCAAAAAAUAAUAAAAAACAACAACAACAACAACAACAACAACAUGCAAACUCUUAUAUUGAUGCUUGCCGCCAAAGCGGUGCCACUUUUGGCGCUCAUUUUUGUGCUCACCUUGCUGGCCUACAAGUGCUACAUAAAUGUGCGCUCACGCUUUGACAUAACGGUAAAUUGUUGGUUCUGCAACAAGAAUUUGCGCGUGCCGUUCGAGCAGCGCAACAGCUGGACCUGCCCGGAUUGCGAGCAGUACAAUGGCUUUAACAAGGACGGCGAUUACAAUCGGGACAUCUUGUCGCAGCGCGACUGCAGCAGCCGCACGGACGCCAACAGCUCGCGGGGCAGCAGCAGCGCCGCCACAAAUGGCCACUGCGCGAAUGCAUACUAUGCGAAUGGAUUGACGCCGCCGCAGGAGAACGGCCUGUGCGCGCAGUGCAAUGAGGCGCAGCGCUUAAAGAUUGAGAAGCUGGCACAGUUUGAGCCGCGGCACGAGUCGCGCUACGACCAGGAGCUCAAGGUGUAUCAGAACGAGCUGGAGCAUAGGUAUCGGCUGUGCGCCAGCUGUGAGCGGCAUGUGAACAAGGUGCUGCACGAGAAAAAGAAAAUGGUGCUCGGCUCCAAGUUUCUCAAUUUCAUAAUGAAGGGCGCCGCCUUGCUGAAGCAGCCGCAUUUUCAGCGUCUCGCCCGCGCCCAGCAGCAACGACGCCUGGCACGCUAUCGCCGCCUAAUGAAAUGGCUGACAUUGAUCAAUAUUGUGUGCCUGGUGUGCAGCCUGCCGACGGCAACGCCCGAACAGUUCAGCUGCAUGCUGGGCAUAUUGGCCAAGCCCUUCUUCUUUCUCUAUUCACAUGCGCUGACCGUGCUGCAUCUGCUGAUCGACUAUGCCGGCGAACUGUUGACGGAGCAGCCCUUUGCCGCCAAAUUGCUAAUGUUCGCCAACAUUCUGGGCAAGCUGCUGGUCUACUCGAUGGGCAUGAACCAGACGCAGGCCGGCCAAGCGACAUUCAGCGUCUGCUACACCAGCCUCUAUCCGUAUGCCAUGCUGGGACUCAGUUUCAUAAGCAACUUAAUAUACGGAUUCAAGCUGACGCGCUACACCGUGCUGCUGCUGCUGUGGAGCAUCUAUGCCAAGGGCUCCUUUCUGCUCGUCGAGGCCAUCGAUGGCGUCACCUAUAUUCUGCUGGGCAGUGUGGCGACAAUGCUGCUGCUGAGCAGCAAGCAAACCGAUAGCCUGGAGCAAAUGUCCGCUGGCGAGAGCUUCCAUCGGCUGUGCGCGGACGAGUGCAUCCAUGACGAUGAGACCAUCAGCAUGUUGAGCCAGCAGCUGAACUGUCAAAAUGCCAGCAAUGCCACCAACAAUACCACCGCCAAUCUCUCGCUGCCUGGCUCCGGCUGCAGCACUCCGCAGCUGCGCUCGCUGGGCGCCGGCCAGGGCAGCAGCAAUACGGCAGUUGGAGCGCCCCCGCCCCCGCCGCCGCCGUCGGUGCUGUCUCUGGACUCGCUGCGCCUGACCACGCAACAGACGCCCAUCCAUCGCAUGCUGGCAUCGCCGGCGCCCAGCUAUCACGCCACAUCGCCGUCGCCCAUGUACGCGGCCGGCAGCUUGGACCAGCAGGCCUGGCGCAGCAGCUAUGCCGGCGUGCAGCACACGGAUGCACUGAAUCUGGGCCAGCCGGUUGCCAAUGGCUGGCAGCGUGCAGUGUAUGCGACGGGCCUGGAGCAGCGGCCGCAGUCAUCGUAUGGCUUUGGCCUCGACCAGCGUCCGAUGACGCGCUCCACCAACAAUUUGCUGUUCCCGCCGCGACUGCAAAUGCAGCAGCAGCAACAGCAGCAGCAGCGGAAUGGCGACAUUAGCGCCUGGGUGAAUGCUGCCAGCGCCAGUGCGCAUCCGGAUUUGCUGCAGGAGCCGAGCACGGCCAAUUUGAUGCACUGCAGCUACAAUCGCGAUCUGUCGCGCACCUCCUCGCAAUCGUCCGGCUUUGAGUCGCAGCUGGGCAACAACAACAAUCUGGCGGCACGUCCCGAUGUGGCCAUGCCUCAACCAUUUUGGGCCCUUCCAGCUGCUACACAAGAGCUGCAGCCACAGCAAUUCCAGCAGCUAAAUCCUUCGGCUGUUAUGCGCGAUUGUCUCUGGUCGGAGCAGCGUCAGUUGCGCGUGCCAGUGCCCGCACCUGGCUCCACGUACGCCGUCCACAGUGAACUGGGACGCAGUGCAGCCGCCAAGAGCCAGAGCGAUUAUCGUCCGGGCGACUUGCUGCGCAAUUGGAUGGAUCGCAACGGAGUCGCCACGCAGAAGACCAACGGCUGAUUCGUCUUUGAAAUUGAUUUCAAUUUAGUUUUCGUUCUAGUUCUAGUUUACGUUUAUUUCGCAUAGUUCAAUUUUAACGGUAUCUUUUGCACGGGUUCAAUAAUAAACACACACACACACACACGCACACACACACACACACACAAUUGAACUAACGCGAGGCUAACGGAGCUCAUUAUCCUACAUCGACUCAGGCAUUUAUGACGCUAUAUGAUAUUAUUAAUUAACUAAAUAGGCUAUUUCUAGGCAUUAUCCAAAGUAAAAGAUAUCUUUUAAAAAUAUGAUAAGUUUAAACCCUAAAAUAGGGAAUUUAUAUUUUUAUAACGAACUUGUUGAGCAGCUAAUAACGCAUAUUUUUCCAAGAUAUCUUUACGAACUAUGAAACUAUAUGCAAUUGUGCAUGAGACGGAAGUAGUUAGCUAUUUAUUGUAGUCAGGAAAUUGUUAAACCUUAGAGAUAUAUACGUAUGUAACUAGAUUUGAAUGAAGUUUUGAAUGACAUUAAAAUUGAAUAUAUGCAUUUA